AUGGAUAGAUAAAAAGAAUUAUACUAAAAAGCUCUUUCCCUUAUUAAAUAAGAGAAAUAUAAAGAAGCAUAUGAUGAAUAUUUAGAUGUUUUGCUUUUGAAAGAUUGUAAAUCUUAUUUUUAUGUUUAGAAAAAAACAUAGAGUACAAUAUGUUAAGUGGAUUAUGCUUUUAGAAGUUAAAGAAUUUUAAGAAAGCUGAAGAAUUUUAUCUUUACACACUUGAAAAAAGACCUGAAGAUCCUAAAAUAUUAAAUGCUCUCUUUAAGUUGAAUAAGGAUGAUAUUAAAAAUAAAGAAAAAGCAAUUGAGUAUGGAUAAAAGUUAAUAACAAUUUAGUAUAAUAUUAUGUUAUGUUUAGCAAAAAAACAGAUAUUGGAAAGGCUAUGGAUGCCACAGUUGGAUAUUGUGAAAUAUUGCAUGAAAAUUAGGAGAGGAAAAUUUUAGAUGUUCAUUUUCUAGAAUUAUUGAAACAUGGAACAGCUGAAUAAGUUUAUAAGGUAGCCAAAUUUUAUAUUCCAUUAAUAAUUGAUCUUAAAUUAAUAGAUGUAACUCAACCAAAAUCAUUUAAUUCCAUAAUACUCCAAUUUUCACAAAAGAUUUAUAAUUAAUUGCCAAAUUUUGAAAUAAUAGAAAUUAUAGCUAGAAAAGUAGUAUCAAAGUUUCCAUUAGAUUUUAGAGAUAUUAUAUUUGGAUUAGCCAUUUAGAAAGAACAUUAUGUUGUAUUAUUUGAUUGGUUAGAAUUACUUCCUUCAAGUUGUUUUUUAUUAGAUUAAGUUUUAAGGUAUUGUCACUGCUUUCUUGAUUAUAAAAUUAAAUUCUUAUUAGAAUAAUGUAUAAUUUUGUUAAGUGAUGCAAAUGAAGGAUUGACUUAUAUGAAUUAUUAAAUUUAUGAUGAAGAAUAAUUUAAUAAAACUACAUUGAAAGCAUAAGCUUUCUUAGCAUUUAUGAGGAUCUAUGCAUCUUAGAUUGUAUAACAAUGUGGAGAUUAGUUUUUGUCAGUCAUAGAUAAAUUACUUUAAUAAAAGAACUUUGAUAUUAUUGAAAAAGAAAAGGAUUAUACAAUUUUAGAAUUGCCUCUUAAAGUUGCUUAAUUAUUUAAGAGUGGAAAUAAAGAAAAUUCAUAAAUGGCAAAUACAUUGAUGGUUGAUUUCAAUAAGAGAAUGAAAUAAUUAAAAAAUUUUGAUUUUGAUGUUUCUGUAUUAGAGGAAGUAGGAGCUAAUCUUGGAUAUGAUAUUUUAGCAGAUCCAGUUGAAUUGAUGGAAAUGAAGAAUCUUUUAAAAAUAAGAAUUAAAAAUAAAGCUUAUUCACUAGAAACAUAUGAAAAAUAUUUUGAUUAUCAAAUUAAAUUAGUAUCUUUGAUUAGACAUUAUGAUGAAGAAUUAUCAAUGUAAUUAAUUUUUGAAAAGAUUCUAUCUGAUGAUCCAUAAAAUCUAAAAGUUCAAAUUAAUUAUGAUUGGCUUAAGUUUUCAGAAAAUAAAAUAUCACAAACACAACUUGUUGAAAUAUAUUAAAAAUAUCUCCCUGCUCCACCAAAGAUUGAACAAAUUAUUUUUAAGAGAAUUGGAACAAUCAAAUUAAUAAAUAACCAAAUAAAUGAAGCAAAAUCUUGUUUUGAAAAAGUAUAAGGUGAUGAUUAUGAAGCCAGUUUGGCUCUUGGUAUGAUAGCAUUCUAUUAAAAACAAUAUUCAGAAUCUUUAGAACAUUUAUAUAGAGCUUUUAAUUAUUGCUAAACUAAUUAUCAUCUUAAUUAAAUUAUAAUGUUUGUAUUAAAUAAAUUAAAAUAAAAAGAUAAGGCUUUGGAAUUUGCUAUUAAUAUUUAUAAAUUGUAAUAAUUUUAGAAUGUCUAUUGGUUAAGUUUUACAAUAGGAUAACAUUUAAUGUAAAAGGUUUAAUUUGGGAAAGCUCAUGAUAUAUUAUAGAAAGCAGCUGAUCAAUUUCAUUUUAAUGUUGAGAAAACUUAUAAAUUGUAUUAUGAAAAAAAAUUUGAUUAAGGAGAUUUCUCUAUUCCUUAUUUUAUUAAUCAAAAUGAUAAUUUAUAUUUAUCUGAUUAUCCUGUUUUUUCAUCAAAUUAUUUGGUAAAUUAAGGUAUGAUUGUCUUAACUGAAUAAUAUUUUUAAGAUGAAAAAUAUCUAAAAUUAUUUAAAUUAGAGAUGAAAUUAGCUGAAUUAAAAAAGAUACUAGGACUCUAAGGAUCAGCUUUAAAGAGUUUAGAGAAAGCAGAAGAAUUACUUUUAAAUGAAAAUAAUAAUUAAAUAUCAGAUUUAGAUAAUUAUUUGACAAUGAAAUGUGAUAUAACAACAAAUAAAGGAAAAUUAAUUAGAUUUACUUAAGAAUUAAACUAAAUAUAAAUUUAAAACAGAUGGGUUUGUACACUUAAAACAAAGAAAAUAGAUAAAUAAUAUUCUAAACUUUUGAUUUUGCAUAACUUUGAAUGUGCUUAAUUAUAAUUAUAUGGAUAAUAGGAAUACUUUAGUUAAGAAAGAAUGAUUUAAGGAUUAUUAAUGUCAAUACAUAAUUUUGAUGAUUAAGAAAUUUAAAUAUUAAUUAAGAGCUAUUUGUGUUUUGUUUUUGAGAUUGCUUCACAAUAAAUAAAGAAUCAAUUAGUCUAUGGAACAGAUGGAGUUUAAUAAUUGGCUUAGAAAUAUUUAAGCUUAUUUGAAUUGAUUUCACCUUAAAUAUAAUUAAAUGUUUAUGCAUGUGAAUGUUUAAGAGAAUUCUUUUAUUUAUUAGGAAUAUAUCAUGAUGUCUAACAUUUUUAAUAGAGUUUAAAAUAUUCAUAAAUUGUUAUAAAAUUAUUAUGUCAGAUUGAUAUAACAGAUUAAUUUGAUUUAUAAGAAACAUUUUAACAUAUGAGAAGUAUUUUAAAUGGAUAAGAUAAAAAGUAAUUAAUUGUUAAAAAUAAUUUGCAAUCUUUAUUAUUAACUAGAAGCAGACUUAAUUUAGAUAAUAUAAAAUAUUUAGAAUUAAGUUUAUCUUUAUUUCCAAAAUGUGACAGCUUAUAUUGUAUAGCUGCUUAAAUACGAAAAAAUCCAGCUUUCAUUAUAAAAGCUCUAGAAUGUAAUAAGAAAUGUUAAGCUGCUCUAUAUCAAUUAGGAUUAUUAUAUAUAGGUAGAUAAAAUUAUGAAUUUGCAUUUUAAACGCUUUAAAAAUGUAUAGAAGUUGAACCUACAACAUCAGCUUUUGCAUAUUUAGCAUUAUCAAUAAUUUUAUUUAUUUAUUUACAAUAAAAUUAUAAUAUUGAGAUAUCUGAUUGCAACAAAGUGAAACAAUUGGAUUCAUUACAUUUUUAUUAAAAUUAAUUAACAUAAGCAAUAUCUUCAUAUUUAGAUUAUGUUUCAACACUUCAGAAUACUCCAAUUUAAAAUAUAUUAAGUAUUAUAUAUAGAAAUUUAUAUUUGGGAUACACAGUUAAAAGUGAGGCAAUCCUUCAUGAUGAAAAAUUUAAGUAGAUGCUUAAAUAAUUUCCAUCUGAAUAUAUGGAGAUUUUGUAUUGUGAAAUUCCUUAUAUUUAGAAUUCAACAGAAUUAGAAAAGAUUUACAAUAAGUAUACUAGUAUAGUAUAAAUAAAAGAAGAAAUACAAUUAGUGAUUACUUAAAUGAAUUAGUAUGAAAAUAUCAAUAAUAAUCAAGUUUAAUGGGCAGCAAAAUUAAAAUAUUUAAUUCAUUUAUUAACAUUAAGUAUUGAUAAAGUAACAAAUUUAAAAGAAUUAGUAGGAAUUAUAAAUGAUGCAUUUGAAAUGUUGGUUAAAAAUAUUAUUAAAUUAAGAUAAGCAACAAAUAUUUUUAAUUUUGAUGUUUUGUUUAUGGGUUUUGUCAAUAAAUGGUAUCAUUAUACAAGAACAAUUUAUUUAAAAGAUAAUUCUCAUAAAGAUUAUUAUUUAUUUGUUGCUAAAUUUUAAUAAUAAUGUCUAAAAUUAAAAGAACUUAAUGAAGCAUAAUUGAUUAAUUAUAUUGAUUAAUUAAUGGAUAAAAAUAAUAAAAUUACUUAAGAAUUAAAACAUAAAUUAUAAUUUAUGGAAUUGAUAUAUUAAGGAAAUUGGUAAGAAGCAAUUACUCAUUUAUAAUUAUGUAUAUUUCAUAAUCCAUUGAAAAAAGUAUAUAGAGACAUUCUUAAUAAAAUACACUUAACAUUUUAUGAGUAGAAAUAUGUUCAAUAAGAAAUUUUAGAUUUUAGAAAAACUAAUUAAGCUACUCUUUGGUUGAAUACUAUUAUAAAUGAAUUAGUUUUAGAGAGAUCUAGAAAUAUAUCUAGAUUACCUUUGAUAUUAAAAAUAAUUAAAUUUAAGAUUUUACCUUAUGCUGAUAAUUUAAUUGCAAAACUUUUAGUGAAAGUCUUAUGUGACAUUGAAUAAUAAAUAUCAACAGAAGGAUUGUUGGAUUAAAUAGCUAAUAAAUAUAAUAUUAAUAAAGAGAAAUAUUGGAUAAAAGCCUUGAUUUAAAAAAAAUUAAAUGAAAAAUAAAAUGUUAAUCAACUUAUUAUAUAAUAUAGAGAUAAGUAUCUUGAACAAUAUGAAGAUUAAAUUUAAUGGAAAAAGACUGCUUUAUUAUUAAUAGUAUAAAUUAAUUAUAUUUAAUUAGCCAAUUUUAACAUAAUUAUAUUUUGAUAGAGGUUCAUAAGGUAUGGAAUCUAUAUUAUAGUAAAUAAUGCAAAAUUAUUGUUUAUAUGCAUAGCAAUUUUUACCAAAAGAUGAAAAACUUAAGAAGGCUAGAUUUAUCUACAAUAUGUUACAUUAUGGUUGCUAUAUAAAAAAAUUAGAUGAUAUUGAAUCAAUCGGUGUUACAUUGACAAAUUUAAAAGAAAUAGCUGAUGAAGUACUAGUUUAAAUUACUUUUUUAGUUUGUAAAUUAAGGUACAUUUAAUCCAACUAGUUUAUCAAUAUAUAUACAUUAUCAUGUGGCAACUGAAAAAUAUUAGGAAUUAGAUAAAUGGUUAGAAAUUACUAAUCAAUAUAUUUACAAUAAUGAUCCAAUAAUUAUUUGGGGUUAAAUAAUUAGAUCAUAUCAUUAAGUAGAGGAAAAGAAAGAUAUAAACACUUUAAAAAAAUUUGUUACUUUUGUACAAUAAUAAUAAAUUCAAAAUCCUAAAUUAUAAUCUUUAAUACAUUAUUUAAUUGGAUAAGCAGUAAUGAAUGUUAAUGAUUGGUAAUAAAAGUAUUCUAAAGAGGAAGUUUUAAAGAAAUUUUAGUUAGCUUUAUUAUUAAAUCCUAAUAAAGAAAUAAUAAAAUCAUUAUAACCUCUUUAGACAAUUAGAUAAGUUAAAUAAAAGUUAAAAUUAAGAUUAGAUUAAUAUUUUGAAGAUGUUUAAUAACCAAAAAGAAAAUUAAAGAAAAAAGUAAUGGAAGGUCUUAAUAGUGAUUCAGAUGAGGCAUUAGUUGAUCAAAUGGAUUAUGAAGAAGAUUAAAAAGAAUUUCAAUAAGAGCAUGGAAUGACCCUUGAAGAACAUUAAUAAAUUACUGAGAGUGCUUUUAUUGAAUAAUAAAAAGUUUAUGCAGAAGAGUAAGUUAUGUAUCUUGAAGAAUAAUAAUAAUAUCUCCAUUCCUUGACUUAAGAAGAAUAAUAAAAAUUAAUUGAAUUUUAUACAUAGAAUUAUGACUAAUUAUCAUAUGAGUAAUAAUCUUAGUUUAUGUUAUUGCAGGGAUAUCAGAUUGAAUAAAUUGUGGAAUAUUUUUAUCAUUAAUAAUAGCCAGAAUAAGAAUAAUAAUAACCAGAAUAAGAAUAAUGA